AUGGAGGUUCUGAAAGAUACAUCGACAUGUCUUUUUGUAACCGGCCUAGAUGUUCCAAAGUAUUUUAAGAACAAGGCCUUGGUGCUGUUUGCAUCUACUUUCAUGGUUGUGUUCUUCUUUUACAUAGGAUUUGGAUAUGAGGCUCUCAGUAUUAUUCUCACCAGAAACCUCCAAGUGUUUGGCGUCGGGUUUGUCUGCUUUAACUUGGCUGCGUUCUUUGCAGGAGCCUGGGUCUCAUGUAUAGUCCACGAAGUUGCAAUGGCCUUUCAUUCUGUAUAG